AUGUCGAGCUACGUGGCCGAUGAACUGCACAAGGAGGCGAGUGUCUUGAAGGAGAGGCGAAAGGUACGAGAGGAGGGGUCGACAGCUCGGCGUGGCGGCGCGGGCAGUGGAGCUGGUGACAGCACCGCGGGACGGCAGAGCCGCGCCGACAAGCUGGCGAGUGAGAACAGGAUGCCGAAGGAGAAGUUGGCCGCCGCCGACGGGAAGGGGAAGGGCAAAUCUGGAGCGGCUGCGGCCGCGGACGGCAAGCUCUACGUGGUCUUCAAUUGGCAAUGCGGGCGGGGCGUGCCCAGCAACUUCGAGGGCUAUGACUGUCAGCCCGCGAAGUCCAUCGCGCACACCGAAGGUCGCGUGAGCCUCCCCAGUGACGCCGCGAAGUGCGACGCCUCCGAGUUGCUGGACGGACGCCCACGUGAGUUGCGGCACGACUGGCGUCAGCGACUGCUGCGUGGCCCCGAGCAGGUCCGCGAGCCAGUCGUUCCGUACUUUGAGAAGUUGCGGGCAGUCAACCAGGAGUUCGCCGACCGCGACACGACAGCGCUGCCGUCGGCUGGAGUCUGGCGAGGCCUGCAGAUCCCAGCUAGCCACAACCUCUCGCUGAGUCAGGUGGAUAUCGAGGCGGCCUUCCACCGCGUCGGGGCCCCGCCUGGGCUCGAUGAGAUGUUCGCGCUGCCCGCGGUGCCCGUUGACGCCUUGCGGGAGGUGCUGCCCGUGGUGGGCAUUGGCGCGCGGCUGGAGGGCAAGGUUAUCGCGGCAGGCAUCAACGGGGACCGCAUCAUCCAGGACAGGCGAGCCGUGCCUGACGUGGGCGAGGAGGCUGGGGCCGCCGUGUACGUCGACGGGGUGGCCGCCAUCGGGCGCAGCCCCACGUCCGUGAGCACGACGACUGAGCAGGUCCAACACCAGCACUUGGAGGCCAACAACCUGAAGUGCAAGGGCGUGCACUCGGACCCUGAGGAACAUAAGUUCACAGUCCUGAACUUCGAUAUCGAGACGGGCCGCAUCUCGGCGAGCAAGGGCCGCAUAUGGAAGCUGCGCCUGGCUUUGCUGGAGAUCGCGGAGCGCGGCUACUGCAGCGGGGAUGACAUGCUGCCCCUCCUCGGCCACUACACCUGGGCGGCGAUCCUGCGGCGAUGCCUGCUGGGUGUCUUCCACGGCGCCCGCCGCUUUGCUCGCGCUGCGGGCUCGCGACGGUGGCGGCUGUGGCCUGAGGUGGCUACCGAGUGCCGUGUUGCCGCAGCCCUCAUCGCUUUCGCCUACCUGGGCACCAAGCUGGAGGUUGACCCCGCGGCCCUAGCCACGGAUGCAUCUACUGGUUCGGGGAACGUGAAGGGCUCGGGCUUCGGCGGCUUUGCGGUGACGGAGAAGACUUGGAACCCGCGUGACGUUUGGGCCGCCGCCUCUUGCAUGGGGCGCUGGCGCUACAGGUCUGAGGCUGCCGUCGGGGCCCGUCGGCAUGCCCUCGGCGCUGCUCAGAACCAUGCCCACUUCAACGCGAUCAUGAAUAUGGAGGGCGCGGCAAGCCCCGAGGGCGAUGAUGAUAUGGACCAGUCCAGUCGGGCACUCGCUAGCCGUCGCGAUUCGCGCGAGAAGCUGCCGGGCCCGAACGUCAGCCCGUCCGAGGUGGAGCAGGCGACAUUCGAGGAUAUUGAUCCGAACUUCUUGUUGCCGCUGGAUUCCUGGAAGCUGGAGGUAUUCGGGCGCUGGCAGAGGCCUGAGGACACCAUGCGCUUGGAGGGCCGCGCUCUGAUCACUG